AUGAGAGGAAUAGCUAAUUUACGGUCUAACUAAAAAAAAAAAUAAGGAGAAUCUUUACUAUUUUCAAUAUCACCUUUAUAAUUUACAUCACUUUUUCUCAUUUUGUUCAGUUUUGUCAAUAACCAAGAGGGUAAAAGGAAUAUCACUCCUAUGUUCUUAGCCUCAGGUCAUUAUUUGAGAAAUAUAGCAAAAAUAAACUACUCAGAUUCUAUUUAAAAUAUUCAAAUUCUCCCCCAAAAUCUUCUUCAAAUAAAUCUGAAGCACAUUUUGUUUGCAUUUGAUCAAUCAAGAAAGUAUCAUGAAAAACUUAGUAAAUAAACGACGUCAUCAUAAAAUAUUUUCGAAAAAGAGUUCACUUAAGCUCUUUCUCUUUAUUUAUUAGAUAAAUCAUGCUAUUUAAAAAGUUAUUCAUUUAAGACCUCUUGUAAAGUUCAGAUAUUUAUGAGGUUAUCUUAUUAGCAUCAUUAUCAAGAGAAUAAUAAGCAAAAAAUAGAAUUCAAACUUCCUUUUAUUGUGUUUUAUGUAAAUUCUCCAGCAUUCAAAUAGUAAUUUAGCUACUUUACAUCUACUAAUCAAGACAGUCAAAAGAGGUUUAAUUCUUAAAGGCUGUAAACAAAUACUCUUCCUCCUCCUCUUUCACAUUCUCUCAAAGUUAAGACAGGUAUAUGUAUGUGUUAAGCCCUAUUCUUUACAAACCAGAAAUAGUCACCACACAAAAAGCUUUCAUCUAUUUCAGAUUAAAGUUAAAUUUAGGCAGGAUCUAAGCCUUAACUAACCUUAAAUGCUUUCGAUUAGAAAUUCCGUCUAUCACAUAAAUUCACAAGAUAAGUUUUUCACUUAAAUACUCUCUUUACCAGAUCUUUUUGA